AGAUACCUGUGGACCUAAGUCCUUUUACAGGCUUUUAAGAAACUCUUGUUUUCUUGUAGGUAGGUUUGUUCUCUUCCCUACUCUGUCCACAAUUGUAUCUGUAGGACAAACAGAAAAUACUGCUACUUGUAAAGAAAACUUCAUCACUCUGAAGUCGUGACUAUACCACAAAUACAACUUCAUUUCAAGUUAGAAAUCACUAGAAAUCAUGCUUGCAGAGGAGAAUGAUACAUACCAAAGGCCAUCAAAAACCUAGACAACCAAUCACGACAGGGAAAGCUAUAAGGAAGCUUGUGCGCAAGGCGACUGGUGGCAUCUAGAAUCCUCAGAUUUCCUUGACUGAAUCCAUCUGGUUUUAGCCCUAAAUAUAGUAGACAAGCUGCACUGCUUGCACUGAUAAAUUUUAUCUUCCAAAUGAUAGACCAAGCUGAUAUUAUUUCUACAGUUGAGUUCAACCACACUGGAGAACUGCUGGCUACUGGUGACAAGGGGGGUCGGGUUGUUAUAUUCCAAAGGGAACCUGAGAGUAAAAAUGAGCCUUACAGUCAGGGGGAGUACAAUGUUUACAGCACUUUCCAGAGCCAUGAACCUGAAUUUGAUUAUUUGAAGAGCUUGGAAAUAGAAGAAAAAAUAAACAAGAUCAAGUGGUUACCACAGCAAAAUGCAGCUCACUCACUUUUAUCAACAAAUGAUAAAACAAUCAAGUUAUGGAAAAUUACUGAAAGAGAUAAGAGGCCAGAGGGGUACAACUUAAAGGAUGAAGAAGGAAAGCUUAAAGAUCUUUCUACAGUAACAUCACUACAGGUGCCUGUAUUGAAACCUAUGGAUUUGAUGGUAGAAGUCACUCCCCGGAGAAUCUUUGCUAAUGGUCACACCUAUCAUGUCAACUCAAUAUCUGUCAACAGUGACUGUGAGACGUACAUGUCAGCAGAUGAUCUCAGGAUUAAUCUCUGGCACUUAGCAAUCACAGAUAGAAGCUUCAGUAUCCUUUAUUGUGGUUCCUUGGUCGGUGUUGAUAGCAUUAGUGGAGUUUAGGAGAGACAUCUUAAA